AUGAUGAAUUCGUCCUGCCACUCCGGCGCGGGCGCGACGGGCUGCGCGUGCAGGACGCCCGCGCGCAGCACGUCGGCCCGGGUCGGCCUAACUGCCUGCCGCCGCGCGGUAGACACGGGGAGGCAGGGCCGCGCCCAGGUGCGGUCGCACCGGAGCCUGAGGGCGGUCCGGCGGGCGUCGGGCAACGACCUGGCGGGGGCCUCCGCGGACGACGCGUUCGAGGAGGCGUUCAUGGCCGCGCUGGACGAUAUACAACGGGGCGAGGCGCCCGGGACGACGCCGCGCGGCGCGGGUCCGGCCGGGGCGCGUCGCGGCCGGAAAGGGGGCGCCGGGCGGCGCAGGCGUGGGUCUUCGGCGGACGCGGCGGACCAGGCGCGGAUACGAAGCUCGGCUGGACGCGGCGCCGCGAGCGUUGCGUCCGGCCAGUACCUGGGCGACCUCGUAGCGGGGGGCCCUGCGUUGGAGGAUGACAUCGACGACGACGCCGAGCUGGUGGCGUUCGCGGCCGAUCCGGACGUCGAGGAGGUGGACCUGGAGGCGAUGUGGGGCGAGCUGCCGCGGCGCAGCUCCGGGGCGCGGUCGUCCGGCGCGGCGCCGCGCGACGCGGUCGGCGGCGGGCGGGAAACGGUCUGGCAGGUCGAGGACGAGGAGGGCUACUUCGUCGGCGGCAACGAGGACUCGGAGGACGAGGACGCCCUCAGCGACGACGACGAGAGCGAGGACGAGGACGGGGAGCCGGCGCGCGCGAGCACGAGCGUCGAGGUCCGCGCGUACGACACCGCCACCGUCUUCGUGAAGUCCGGCGACGGCGGCAACGGCUGCGUGGCCUUCCGCCGCGAGAAGUUCGUGCCGCGCGGCGGGCCGUCGGGCGGGUCGGGCGGGCGCGGCGGGCACGUGUGGGUGGUCGGCGACAGCUCGAUGUCGUCGCUGCUGCCGUUCCGCCGCUCCGUGCACUUCCGCGCGCAGGCCGGCGGCGCGGGCCGCGGCGCCGACUGCCACGGGCAGAACGGGCGGGACGUCGAGGUCCGGGUGCCGCUCGGGACGGUCAUCCGGCGCAAGGGCGACCCGUCGGGCGCGCCGGCGGUCGCGGAGAUCCUCAAGGACGGCGAGCGCGCGCUGCUGUGCGCGGGCGGGCGCGGGGGCCGCGGGAACGCGACGUUCAAGACGGGGCGGAACCGCGCGCCGAUGAUGGCCGAGCGCGGGGAGCCCGGGACGGAGAUGUGGCUCUCGCUCGAGCUCAAGGUCCUCGCGGACGUGGGCAUCGUCGGCGUCCCGAACGCGGGCAAGUCGACGCUGCUGUCGGUGCUGUCGGCGGCCAAGCCCAAGAUCGCGGACUACCCGUUCACGACGCUGACGCCCAACCUGGGCGUGUGCGAGAUGGACUUCGAGACGACGGUGUUCGCGGACGUCCCGGGGCUGCUCGAGGGCGCGCACCGCGGCGUCGGACUCGGGCAGGGCUUUUUGCGGCACACGGAACGGUGCCGCGCGCUGGUGCACGUGGUGGACGGGUCGUCGAAGGACCCGGUGCACGACUUCGACAUGAUCAACCUCGAGCUCAAGAUGUUCAACCCGGAGCUCGCGGACAAGCCACAGGUCGUGGUGUACAACAAGAUGGACAUUCCUGAGUCUUCGGACUACUAUGAUCUGGUGUGCGAGGAGUUCCGCGCGCGGGGGCUCCCCGACCCGCUCCCGAUCUCCGCCGCGACGGGCCGCGGCGCGAAGGAGCUCGUGCGCGCGGUCCGCGCGGUGCUGGCCGAGGCCGGUGAGCGCGACCUCGAGGCCGAGCGCACCGUCGAGAACGUCACCGAGGCGCCGAAGCGCAAGUCGGUGGCGCGGAUCGACGACUUCGAGGUCGCGCGCGACACCUCGACGGGCGCGCCGGUGUGGUACGUCUCCGGCGAGGCUAUCGAGACCUUCACGCAGAUGACCAACUUCGACUACUUCGAGAGCCUGAGGCGGUUCCAGGCGGUGCUGGAGGCGUCCGGGAUCGCGCGGGCGCUGGAGACGGAGGGCGUGCGCGAGGGCGAGGCGGUGGUGAUCGGGGAGCUGGAGUUCAGCUGGUCGUUUGACAGGAGCGAGGGCGCCAUGUAUGAGAAGUGGCGGGAGACGCAGGACAAGCCCGGGAAGGCGCAGGUGGGCUCCGCGCGGUGGCCGUCGGCGACCGGGACGUGGGACGGCCGGAAAUGA